AUGAUGAUCCUUAUCCUUCUCAUGUGUCUUCUAGCCAGUCACGCGGUCUCAUUUAAUUUGUCAGAUUCAGUUUACAAUGUCACUUUCCAUGAACGCGAUCGCCCUACCAUAUCACCUCACGACUUCACUUGGGUUAAGAAGUGGGCAGCGGUCGGAGACAGCUAUACUGCUGGGAUUGGUAGUGGCAAACUCUGGACUGAGCGUGCCGAUGACCGCAAGUGUUCUCGCUACGAUCAGUCCUACCCCGGUCAGCUCAAGCACGUCUUUGGCCCUCAGGUAAAGCUUUUUGAGUACAAGGCCUGCAGUGGGGCUCGAACGGGGCAGAUCUUCGAGCAGGCCAAGAGUCUUUCCACCGGCCACGACGUGGUGGUCAUCAGCGCUGGAGGGAAUGAUCUAUGCUUGGCCGAUAUCAUCAAGACCUGCAUUUUUCUACCAGUUCAGGGCGAAGACAAAUGCCAGGAGGUUCUGGACCUGGCGCAGCACAACAUCGACACCAUCCUGAAGCCCAACAUCCGUGAGAUUAUCGAUAUACUGAGGUACAAGCUCAGCUACAACGGAAUGAUUGUCUGGGUGCUGUACGGCCAAUUCUUCAACCUCGAAAAUGAGGAGUGCGCCACACACCAGGAUUGGUCAUUCCCCCGUCUGGGGGUGGUCAGUGGGCUGCCUCUGACGAUUGAGCGCCGGCGCAAGUUCAACCAGCUCGUCAUCAACAUCAACAAGGCAAUCCGGGAGACCAUUCUUGGCGUCCGUGGGCACGUGUACCAAAAUCCCUACAUCCGGAUCGCUGAUUGGGACGCCUUUGUGGGCUACGGCAUGAGAGGACAGUUCUGUGUCCCUGGCACGACGGGCGAGUACCCCGACCCCAGACAGCCAUACUUGCAUUUCUUCAAACCAGACACCGCGGUCGAUGGACAUCAGGAGCUGCGCAAGAGAGAAGUGGAAGCUAUGGUGGAUCUGCAUUUCGAUGACACCCCUAGUCUGCUGGCCGGCGAACUGCGCCCCAUGCUGGGAAUUAGCACUAUUAACACCACCACCAAUCUGACCGAUCUUGCCCGCGUCGAAGCCGAGCUGAUCGAGCGCAGCCUGCUCCUUAAUUCCCGCAAUCCGUCUCCCCCCAACUGUCCGGCCGACGGCGGCUCGAUCAAUGUCGGCCUUCCCGUUGGCUGGGGCAAGUUCUUCCACCCGAACGAGUUCGGCCACAAGACCAUCGCUUCCUUCGUACUCAGCGAGAUCGUCGCGCAGCGCGCCGUGAUCAUGCAGGCCGCGAACCCCAUGUGCCAGGCCAUGGACAACAUCUUCAAAUGCUGGCAGCCGGACGGCCGCAGGGACUACGCCUCGGCCGACCUGAUGAAUGCCAACUACAAGACCUUCUGCAACGAGUUCCAGCCGCCCACCAGCUCGCACGAGCGCGACUUCGACCGGGUCAUCAACUCGUGCGACGGCAACGACCCGGAGCACAACCCCCUAAACUGGAAGUUCGGCGGCCGCUGGGUGCGCGGCAACUACAUCUACGAGGUCAACGUGAUAAACUCGUUCAAGCGGCCGUGGCCCGUCAUCCGCGAGGUUGACGGCAGCUGCCACAGCAAGUACCGCGGGCUCUGGGACUCGUACUGGAUCCGGGGCCGCGGCUGGUCCACCGGCGACUUUGGUCAGCAGUCCUUGCUUCCUAAUGCCAAGUCUUGUGUCGGGGGCGGGGUCACGGCGUGGGAUUUCAAGUAUCUCAAUGGCGCGGAGGAGAAGGAUGGCAUGGAGUGGGAGGUCUUCUUCCGCACUCCGGUUUGGUGCAAUCCCAGGUGCUUUGGCAAUAAUGCUGUGCAGUUCGCGUCUGGUGGGUUCACUCAUGGGUGUUAG